AGGAAGAUUCGUAUCCUGAUCGAUUUCCUUUAGAAGUGGAAGAAUACAAAUGUGUGUGUUCUAAUCUGCCUAUUUGUAUUUGCGAUUUUUCUGUUCCCUUCCCGAGGAGACGAUUUUUUUUUUUCUUUUCCUUCCUCCCACUUCUUUGGAAUAUUGUCCGCAUCAAACGUUAGCGUAUCACGCCGGUAGGGUACCUCUGUCUCUCCUCGUUUCGUACAAGUGAAACUUUCCGAGCUUAGUUCAGGUUAAAGUAGUUUCGAUUUGUUUAUAUGAUGUCGUGCUCAUCGCGUGACCUCGGACUUCACUUCACUUCAAUUAGGUUGUCUCGCGACGUCAGGCUUUACAGUAAUAAUGGAAACUGUAGCUUUUGUCAUAAACCUCUGCGUGGCGAUCGAUUAUGUUUUGUUGCCAUCAGUCUUUUGCCACAUGGUUUGAGGCAGGAUUCUUCAGCACUACAUUCCAGAUUACGGACCCCACUUAGGCCUGUACCUUUGAGAUGUAAUGCUUUGCCGUGGCGGUGUUCAUUAAUGCCAGCUGGUGGGUGUGAGACCCCACUUGUGAAAGUGGCUGCUGUUUCUUUGUCAAGGUCAUAUAAUGCUAUAGCAGGAAAACCAAGUGUGAUUCAAUUGAUCCCUGCCCUUGGUAUCAUUGGCUUUGCUGUUUUUGGUCUUGAGCCGCUCCUACGCCUGAGCAGGAAUCUUUUUCUCCAAGAAAGGACAGAUUGGAAGAAAAGUAGUUCACAUUAUAUUUUGACAUCUUAUUUUCAACCUUUGCUGCUGUGGACUGGGGUAAUGCUCAUCUGCAGGGAUUUGGAUCCACUAGUCCUACCAUCAGAAACCAGUCAAGCUAUUAAGCAACGGCUGCUGAGUUUUGUACGAACAUUGUCAACUGUGCUUACAUUUGCUUACUGUUCUUCAAGCUUAAUUCGACAAGCACAAAAAAUUUGUAUGGAGACAAAUGACUCCAGUGAUGAAAGAAAUAUGAGAAUUGAUUUUACUGGGAAAGCUGUAUAUACUGCAAUAUGGGUUGCUGCUGUGUCAUUGUUCAUGGAGUUGCUGGGUUUCUCUACACAGAAGUGGUUGACUGCUGGUGGUUUGGGCACAGUAUUGAUUUCCCUUGCAGGUCGCGAGAUAUUUACAAACUUCCUUUCGAGUAUAAUGAUUCAUGCAACUCGGCCAUUUGUUGUGAAUGAGCGGAUUCAAACAAAGAUUAAAGGAUAUGAGGUUACUGGUAAAGUUGAGCAUGUAGGCUGGUGGUCACCAACAAUAGUUAGAGGUUCUGAUUGUGAAGCAGUUCAUAUUCCUAAUCACAAUUUGAGUGUAAAUGUUGUGAGGAAUCUUAGUAAGAAAUCUCAUUGGCGCAUCAAGACUCACCUUGCUAUCAGUCACUUGGAUGUUAACAAGAUUAAUAGUAUUAUAGCUGAUAUGCGCAAGGUUUUGGCAAAAAAUCCUCAAGUAGAGCAGAAAAAAUUGCACAGAAGGGUUUUUCUAGAGAAUAUUGAUCCAGAAAAUCAGGCUCUUAUGAUAUUAGUAUCCUGCUUUGUUAAAACUAGACAUUCUGAAGAGUACCUCCGUGUAAAGGAAGCAAUCCUCUUGGAUCUUCUCAGAGUUAUCAGUCAUCAUCGAGCUCGGCUAGCCACACCCAUCCGCACAGUUCAGAAGAUGUGCAGUGAUACUGAUUUAGAUGUUGAUCCAUUUGAUGACACCAUUCCCACUCGUUCCAGAUCAAAGAAUAACCGUCCUUUCCCACUGAUAAAUCCACCUUAUAAAGUUAAGCCUUCAACUACUACAAAUGAGGACAAAGAUACUAAGAUUGAUGAAACCUUGCCAUCUGACUUCAAAGUAGAACGUGACAAAUUUGCUGCGACAUCGAGUUCAGUCCAGAAGACCUCCAAAUCCCAAAAGCUCAAAAAGGAAAGAGUAGGAAGUUCAGAAAAGGGAACAACAUCCAAAAAUUUGUCAAAAUCCAACGAGUUUGGUUCUGGAGAGACUACUUCACCAUCAAAACUAGAUGAAGAGAAAUCUGUUAUGUCAUCAUCAUCAGCUAGUCACUCCUUGGAAGAGAAUAUUGUUCUUGAUGCUGCCCUGCUGGGCUCAAAGAGAACUCUUGCAAUUGAUGAAGAAUUGAUUCAAUCUAUCCCUGCAGAACCACAGGAAGUUGCAGUCCAUCAGGAUGGGAGUGAACCUCCUAUUUCCAAGGAUAAGAAGGAUGGUGAGAUGUCUUCAUUUCCUACUCCUAAACAAAAGGAUUAGGCUGACGAUCAGAGUAGAUGUUGAUGUUUAAAUAGAGUAGAUGGUUUUGUUGAAGUUACAAAAAUGAUCUAGCUGUCUUUUUUAAGCUGGGCAUUGUGCAUUGUAUUAUCCAUUUGUAUAUUAGUGGGAAUGAAUUCUCAUGUAAUUACAAGAUUAAGUUCAAAUCUCUAUAUCCAAUUUUAAACAUUCCAACCUA